GUCACAGGUUGACAUGGCUGGUUAAUCUGCCAAUCAAAAAUAUGACAUAGCUGUCAUGGCUUGUUUGCUUGAAAAUAAGAUGUUGGAAACUAAUUCCUUAAAAAGCUUUUUGCCAGAAUAUGUUUGCCGGUAAAUCAGAUUCUAAAUGAAGUAUCUUACCAAUAAGUGUAAAAUUUUUUGUAUUUUAAUAUGGUUAAAGAUUGCUGGGUCUCAUUCAUUGUACAAAUUAAACUUUUUACAGUUGUUCAAACAGCUGAGUGGCCAUCAUGAAAAACAUAAAUGUCAUACCCGGGUUAUCCUCCUUCUGACGGCUACCCUGCUUUCCCUGGUUAUCCUCCCACAGGACAAGAGUCUGUCUAUCCACCAGCUGGUCAGUACUCCUAUCCCCCAGUUCCUGGAGGAUACCCUCCAGCAGGAGGAGGUGGCACCUAUCCUGCAGCACCACCGAGUGCUGGGUAUGCAGGGGCAGCAGGAUAUCCUGCCCCUGGGGGCUACCCUGGAGCUCCCCAGGCUGGAGGAAUGCCACCUUAUUCCGGAGCUCCUUCAGGCCCUGGGUUUGGUGUGCCUCCUGCUGGCCCUGGCUUUGGUGGCUACCCACAACCUCCUGCCCAAAGCUACGCUGGAGGUGGACCAGCACAAAUGCCAGUAGGAUAUCCGAGUGGACAAGCCCCAUCACCAGUGCCUGGCCUGCCUGCAGCAAUGGUUCAGUGUACCCAGGGCACAAUUCAAGCUGCUUCCAACUUUGAUGCUGGAAGGGACGCAGAAAUUCUACGCAAAGCUAUGAAGGGGUUUGGAACUGAUGAGCAGGCUAUCAUAAAUGUUGUUGCUAACCGCUCCAAUGAUCAAAGGCAAAAAAUCAAGGCAGCUUUCAAGACUAUGUAUGGCAAGGAUUUAAUUAAAGAUCUGAAGUCUGAAUUAAGUGGAAAUGUGGAAGAAUUGAUUUUAGCACUCUUCAUGCCCAGCACCUACUACGAUGCCUGGAGUUUACGUCAUGCAAUGAAGGGAGUAGGCACUCAGGAGAAAGUGCUGAUUGAGAUCCUUUGCACAAGGACAAACGAAGAAAUACGAGAAAUAGUGAACUGCUAUAAAUCAGAAUUUGGACGGGACAUUGAACAAGACAUCAGAGCAGACACUUCAGGACAUUUUGAACGAUUACUUAUAUCUAUGUGCCAAGGUAAUCGGGAUGAGAAUCAAACUGUGGAUUACCAAAAAGCUCAAGAAGAUGCUCAGCGUCUGUACCAAGCAGGUGAAGGAAAACUUGGGACUGAUGAAUCUUGCUUUAAUAUGGUUCUGGCAACCAGAAGUUUUCCCCAACUGAAAGCAACAGUUGAGGCAUACUCCAGGAUUGCUAAUCGUGAUUUAUUAAGCAGCAUUGACCGAGAAUUUUCUGGAAACGUGGAACGUGGUUUGAAGGCUAUUUUGCAAUGUGCUUUAAAUCGCCCAGCCUUUUUCGCAGAGAGACUUUAUUAUUCUAUGAAAGGAGCUGGCACAGAUGAUUCUACCCUCAUCAGAAUUAUAGUCACUCGCAGUGAGAUUGACCUUGUGCAAAUUAAACAGAUGUUUUCACAAAUGUAUCAGAAGACUUUGGCUACAAUGAUAGCAAGCGAUACAAGCGGUGAUUACCGGCGUUUGCUGCUGGCGAUUGUUGGUCAAUAGAAGAGUAUCUGGUUUUUUUGUUUUCUUUUUUAAAACAAACUGAAGGACAUGUAACAUGCUUUAUGCAGUCACUCACUAUCCUUGCAUGUUAACAGAAUAAUUUUAAACUUUGUAUAAUCAAAUAUGCCUUCUGGAUGAUUCAAUAAGCUUGUUGCACUUAAAAUUGCCUUAAUUUACAGCACAUAACAUUCCUUAUUAUUAUAUAAUAAAAGAUACAUCUUGUCUACUA